AAUCAUCUCGAAUCAGUGGGCAACGUAAUCUUCAGUAAAGAAAAUGAUUCUCCUAAGCUUCGAGAAAUGAGUUCAAAACUGGCAGAAGUGAUGAAACAGGACGGGGCUUUGGCAGUCGUUCAACUAUCACAUGGUGGGCGUCAAACGCAGGAAGCAGUGAAUAUGCAUCCAUUUUCAUGUUCCGAUAUUGCGAUUCAAUCAAAAUCAGUCCCAAUGAGAUUCGGAACUCCGAUAGCACUCACUGAAGCGCAGAUUAAAACUGAGGUUGUCGAUCGAUUUGUAUAUGCAGCGAAGUUUGCUUAUGAACACGGUGAGUUUGCUUGCUGCACAAUCAAAAUAUCAUUUUUUGUUACAUUAUUAGUUUAA